UCGAAUGAGCUUACACAGAAUCAAUAGCAUGUUGUGUGUGGAUUAACCCCACAUUAAAUCCCUCCCAUGUCAAUUGUGCGUGAUGUGAGGUUUUUCCCAGUGCGGUAAAGUAUCAAUAUCUGGUCAAGUGAGCUCUGCUGGUCUGAGCUAUGGCUGGCCAUCUUCGUCUGCUGCUGUGUCUCAUCGUCUGCUUCGGUGUGACUCUGCUCACUCUGGUCAAUCUCUUUGAUGCCUCCGCCUGGUCCGUGGAGUACUCGUCUUGCCAGGGUGAAGGACGGCAGCUGGGAGAGAGAAUGGCGACCCAAGGGGUGCCGGUUGUCUGGGAGCCGGUUAAAAGAGAACCGGAAAUCGUGGAGGUCAAGCCUGACGUGUGGGAUACCACUGGUGCUAGAGAUUUCCUGAUCCAGUACAACAAGAUAUUGAACAACGACAGUCAGCCCAUGACGGCCGACCCUGGGAACAUUUCCAGCAUCACUGAAUGGUGGCAGGCAGCGGCCAUGAUUAACUGGUAUUUUAAUUCUUCGACCAGAUUUCAGUGCACCGACGGCUUGUCGUGGGUGGGCAAGUUGUAUGCUCUCUGCUCAGGUCGACCUUUCACCAUCAGGAAGUCAUGCUUCGUCUACUCAUUCGGAAUUAAUCACAACUUCCGGUUUGAGGAGCACAUGGAUUGGCAAGGUUGUGACGUCAGAUCAUUCGAUCCAGGGAUGAACGUCAGUGACCACUCCCGUAAAAAAUCCACACGUUUUUACAACAUGGGGAUAAGUCCAAGUAACACGGACAUAUACUCAAGGUCUGCUCAAGGUCAAGGUCAAAAAUGGAAGAUGCGAACUUUAAAGACAAUCAAAAAAUUACUCGGACAGGAAGAUCAAAUCAUAGACGCGCUUAAGCUGAACAUCGGCGGCGACGAGUGGGAGGUGCUGGCCAACCUGAUGGAGACCGACAUGUUCCGCUCCGUCAGACUUCUGCUGGUCAAGUUCCACCUGGUACCGCCGCGGACACCUAAGGAAAAUUUCGUUCUGUACUUUCAGACUUUGACCCGACUGCGCCAGAUGGGUCUACGUGAGUACUACAUCAAUGUGGACGAGCUGUCUCUCACGCCUGACCACUUCCUGUUGAAGGCGUCCGUCUUUUUUGGUAACGUCAACUUUAAAUGGUUCUAUUAAGACAUGCUCCUCAACUGUUUUAUCAUUCAACCAUUUGUAUUGAUUUUGUAUUGAUUUAUUAAACUAUCCAUCCAACA